CUCAAGGACUUUGCAGGCAUAAAUAUUUUGUACCCCUCCAAAUCCGCACCUUCUCCACCCCACCUUGCAACCUGCAACCUUUCGUCCCGCAAGGUUCCUUCCCCGAGACCCUGACCUUCUCUGCAAAGUAGCCUGGCACAACGCGCGCGCGGCUUUGAUCGCGAAUAAUUUCACGUCGUCCAACCAAAGCUUCACUCCCGACAAGGCACAUUCCCUACACACUCUCCCCCCCAAAUUCACAAGGAAUCACAUCAAUCAUGGCGGCCGAGCAACGAAAGUUAUUGGAGCAGCUCAUGGGCGGAGGAAUGGCGUCGCGCAGCGCGCAGCUGUCGCUGACCGACCAGAAGGUCUGCCGUUCGUACCUGGCGGGCACCUGCCCGCAUGACCUCUUCACGAACACGAAGCAGGAUCUGGGCGCGUGCCCCAAAGUUCACUCGGAGGCGCUCAAGGCCGAGUACGAGGGCCUGCCCGAGGCGGAGCGCAAGCGCAUGGGGUUCGACUUCGACUACUGCAAGGACCUGCAAAAGUACAUUGACGACUGCAACCGGCGGAUCGAGGCGGCGCAGCGGCGCCUGGAGAUGUCGCCCGAGGAGAUCCGGCAGACGAACGAGCUGCUCGCGUCGAUCUCGGACCUCGGCACGUCGAUCGCAGUCGGGCUGAUGGAGGUCGAGAUCCUGGGCGAGAUGGGCGAGGUCGGCCGCGCGUACGACGACUUCUUCCGCAUCAAGCAAAUGCAGGUGCUCAAGGCGGACAAGGAGCGCGAGCUCAAGGCGCUGACCGACACGUCGGGCCCGUCGGGCCACCAGAAGCUGCAGGUGUGCGACGUGUGCGGCGCCUACCUCAGCCGCCUCGACAAUGACCGCCGCCUGGCCGACCACUUCUUCGGCAAGAUGCAUCUCGGCUACGCCCAGAUGCGCAAGACGUACGACGCCUUCCCCAAGGAGGUGCGCGGCGGUGGAGGCGGACGCCAGCGGCCCCCCCUCGCCAUGAACGACCGCGACGAGGACAUGGGAGGCGUGCCCACUGGCCCCGGCGGAUACAAUGACGGCGGAUGGGGCAAGGGCCCACGAGGCCCACGCAGCGGCGGCGGCUUCCGUGGAGGACGCGGCGGCGGCCGACGCGGCGGAUGGUAAGCGGCACACAUUCUGGGAGGAUAUAGCUCUAGCAUUGGUACAAGGCGUUCUAGGAGUUUUGGCGUGGCACACGGGAAAGGAAGGAAAAUUUACACUGAAAUGGGAAUCACGGCUUGGGAUUAUUGGUCUUGGGGGCGUUGUACAAAAGACUGCUUUCACUGCUCGUCUUCAUUUUCACGAGAACCACCUACUUUAGUGAUGCCUCAAGGGGCCAAUUAAGACAAUGAGAACCGCGUCUUCUGGCGCCGACCGUAUUACGGAACAUUAUGGGCC